UCCUCCUACGUGUGUCUUCCCCUUUCUGUACUUCGCCCUUCCACACUUCUUACUGACAUUUCAGCUGCGGCUGUCAACGGGAACUAGCAACGAGAGCAAACUACACAGUACAGAGAAAAACAACCUCUUCUGCAGCUGCAGCUAUUGAACUGGCUGUUAAUGAUCUGGUUCAUUUGAGAUUAUGAGGAACUGCAGUGGCUUGGCUGCAUGUCAGCAGCUCUGAAAAGUCUCUUCUGAAGCUUUUUUUCUGAUCUUCCUGGACUGAACUCUGCUGAACCUGAAGCAGGUCUGGAAUGCGUCUAACACUCUUCACCCACUGGACAGCUUUCUACAACAUACAACUUUCUAUCAACAAACAACAGUGGACUGUUGUCAAGGGAAAGAUGGAAUGCUUGAGCGGUGGUCACCACAGCACGCUGGAGAGGGCAACAGAAAACUGCUAUGGAAGAAGAAACUGUGGACUGCUUUACCUUUGAAACACCACUUUGAUAUGAGGGAGGUGAUUUUCUUUAACCAGGGGAGUUACAGCUAACUAAAGGAACCAUGAACUCCACUUUUAAACCAGAAACAGGCAACAACGCAACAUGCGUUAACAUUGGAGAGAGUGUUGUCAGUGACUUGCUGAUGUCUGUUUACAUACUGGCCUUUGUUUUUGGUUUGAUCUUCAAUGUACUGACCCUGGGCCCCAUCAUUCAACAAGUGAGGCAAAAAAAUGUCCUGGGAAUCUUCCUGCUCAACCUGUCUAUCUCUGACUUCCUUUUCAUCAUCACUAUGCCCCUUUGGAUAAAUUAUUACCGGUUUAACCACCGCUGGAUGCUAGGUUCUGGGUCCUGCAGUGUAGCUGGCUUUGUCUACUACUCUAAUAUGUAUAUCAGCAUCUACCUGCUUUGCUGUAUCUCUGUAGACCGCUGUCUGGUGGUCAGCUACCCACUCCGCUUCAAGACACACCGAACUUCUUGCUACGCCUGGAUGCAGUGUAUCGUAGUUUAUGUGGUAGUGGUGGUGAUACACAUCAUAAUGCUGGUCUAUGAUAAUCUCACAGACGCCCAUGAUGAGAACAACAAUAAUGACCGUUGUUAUGAGACCUACCCCAUGGAGAAGCCUAUUGCUCUAUUCAACUUGCUCAGAGUAGGCUUGGGCUUCCUGCUACCCCUGCUAGUGCUGGCAGUGAGCUACUGGAGGGUGUUAGCCACUGUGGGCCGAAGUCCCGGCCUGAGCGCCCAGGUUAAGAGGAAGGUCCGUCUUCUCUCCUUUGGAGUCAUUGGGAUCUUCUCAGUUUGCUUUGCUCCAUAUCAUAUUCUUUUGCUCAUACGCUCACUAGUAUUUUAUAAUAACAAUUUUGAUAAGAGUCACAAUGGGAGUUACUGCAGGUUUGAAGAACAAAUGCACUUCUUCUUCUCCUGUACGCUUGCACUGUCCAGUUUGAAUGCUGUGGUGGACCCAGUGCUGUAUGUGUUGGUAAGUAAUGGAGUCUGGGAGCAGAUGAAACUAACCUGGAGAUGCGGCAGACGGACAGAACAAGAAGACUGUGCACUAACUGCUUACAAAGGAGGAAAAGCUGCCCCUACUGCCACUACUAAUUUAAUAUGAAUAAUAAGCUAUAUGUGAUAGACAUGUGUACAAUUGUAUGUGUGUGAGUGUGUAUUGAGAUAUUAUAGGAUUUUGCAUGGCAGCUUUUUCAAGUAAAGUCUUCCUCUCAUGAGUUAAGUAACGGGAUUAUUUCCAUCCCACUUGUGUAUGUUAUUUUGUGUAUGUAUAAAAGGCAAUCUUUGUUGUUACAUUUGUAUGUCAUAUCGUGCACAGUGUAAGGAGCUGAAUAAUGUAUGCAUCUCAGUCCUGGUUAAUGUGAUAUUAGCCUCGGGUUCUGCUCUCCCACGAGUUCUUCAGUGUAAGCCACUUCUGGUUUUGUUGUUAGACACUGUUGCCGCAACUGAAGAGCCAUUGUAUUUUUUUUUGUCCAAUCUAUGCAAUCAUAGCGUGACUGAGCAACCCUGAUAUAUUUAAAUAUGCAUUACCUCCAAUGCAUGCCAUACAAAGCCUUUGUUAGCAUAACUUUGUGUGCCCAGUGUCUGACAUAUUUAACAAGAAAUAAAUCAGUAUUAUGUCCAGGUGCUCAGAGUUUUUUUCACGCAGACAGUAUGCAACAAUUAACCCAUACACCCAGUCUCUUAGUCUUCGCCAUUAAACAUAUAGAUAAUUAUAAAUGCAACAUAGCUGUGUGCUUCACAAGUGUCAAGUUGAAAAGGAAGGCAAUAAUGAUGGAUGUAUAUAAGUGUGUGUCAGGGGUGUGAGACAGAAAUGGAGAAAAAGAAUAAUAAAGUGAAAG